AACCCGACUCUUCGCCGAGAUCCCGGGGCGGGGGGGAGGGGGCUGGAAGGGGCGCCCCCUCACCCCUGAGAGGCGGAGGGGGCCUGCUCGCCCCCUCCGCGGCAUUCCUGCCGCUCGCCCGCCCGCGCUGCCCCCCGGACUCCGCGCCCCGGCUUGGGGGGCGCUGCGCCAUGUCUGUGUGGCCACGCGCACCCCUGCGGUGGCUGCACGCGCGCGGCGCCCGAGCUGCGGCCGGCCGCGAGCGAGCGUGUCCCCAUGUCCGCAUUCCAGCUCAUGUUGCGCAGAUAAAAUUCAAACUUGAGGUAAACAGACCAGGAGGAGGAGGAGGGCGCGGGAGGGGGGUGCUGUGUGCACUUGGACAUCCCACCCCGUCACGCCGCUGAACCUGCGGCCAACUCUCGCCGUGCCCACGCGCCCACCUCUGCGGGCCACGAGAAAUAGGGGCGGGGGGCAUGCUGGCUGCUGGGGUCGCGGCGACUCGGGCCGCAGGAGGAGGAGCCGCCGCCCCUGGAACCCGAGCCUGGGGCUCCGACCCGGUUCUCGCCAGGAGGGUCGCGGGACGCCUCGGGUUGCCCGGGUGAUGGCGGCGGGAGGGUCCGGCGUUCCCGGGUGGAGCGAGGGGUGCCUGUCCCCGCCGCCUCGUGACUUUGGGACGGGUGCCACGGAGCGCCGCUGCCCCCACCCCCCCAGGCGCAGUUUUCCCGAAGGCGGGUGGGUGGGGCUCCCGGUGCGCGGAGGACGCGGUGCGAGCAGGUGCGUGCGCCGAGCCUGGCUGCGGGGUAAGUCUGGUGCUUGCGGCGGGACGACGCGGGGAGUCUUAAAGCCAGCGCGCCGGCGGAGCUGCGGCUUCGGUUUGGGGUUUUCGCGUUUUUCCUUUUUUUGGAAAUCAGGGAGGAAAAAUCAAGACGGUGCAGCCCUCCCUCGCUCCCGUGGUAAAUGUCUGUUUCCGUGCGCAGCUAGGCUGCUGCGUGACAGGCGCCGCGAGGGGUGCGGGCGAGCUUCGUCGGUGAGAAUCGGGGGCUCCCGACAGCUCGGGCCGUCUCCGCCCCCCCGGCCCAGGCGGAAGGUGUGGGCCGGGUGGUCCGAGAGGGGGGCUGACGUCCCAGGCCGGGCGGGGACCGGCGCGGGAGGCCCUUCGGAGUGCGGGGGUCCGCAGCCCGCGCGGCCGGGAGGCGGCGGCGGCCACGUGAGGGGCUUGCGGGCCCAGCGCGCGCGGAGUCGUGACGGGGCCGGCCGCGCGGGGCCUCCCCCACAGCGCGGCGCCGGCGCGAGUCCGCGCGGCCGCGGGCGCCUCCCACGCAGGGCCGCGGGCGGGGCGCGCUCGCCGGCCUCUCCCUGGAGGCCGCUUCCGGGCGCGGCCCGGCUCCCGGCGGUAAACAGGGUGGCGCCCUCUGCCCUCCCGCCCCCGGCCAGCCGGGGAGCGGGCGCGCGCGGCCGGCGCCCGGGGCUGGGAGGCGCGGGCGCGGCGCCGGGCAGCGACGGCGGGGACGCGCGCCCGCUCCCCGCCGCCCCCGCGCACCCGCUCCCUGCGAGCCCCGGGCCACCCGCGCGCGCGCCGCCGCCGCGCCGGCUCCUGUGUUUUUGUUUUGGUGGAGCCCGCGUGCGGCUGGCGCGUGUCAAGUCACGUGCCGGGGGCGGAAGGGCCGGGGGCGGGCGGUGAGCGGCGUCCGCUGGGGCCGCGAGGCGGCGGCGAGGGUCGCGGGGGCCCCCUCGGAGCCCGAGCACGCGUGUCUCGCGCCGAGUUCAGUGACGCUGGGGUUCCUCGGUCUCCACGGCGAGGAGGGAGGAGGGCCUCGGUCCGCGCUGGUCCAGCGGACCCGACAGGUGUGUGCCUCCCUGUGGACGUGGGGAGACCUGUGCGCUCCUACGCCUGCUACACCUGAGCACCCGUACGGGGUCCUGUCCUGUCCCAGUCCCAGUCCCUGUCCCUGUCCUUGUCCCUGUCCCAGCCCUAGGCCAGUCGGAUCUACUAAGGAGAGCUUGGCCAGUGCGUAUUCCUACCCCGCCCCCUGUCAUUUUUUCUGCGCUGUGCUGGGUUUGAGAACGUAACAGGUGACCAGCUUAAAGGAGCAGAGUCGAGAAACUGAUCAUCUUUAGGACAAAAUCGCAAUGUGCCCCGCGUUGGGAGCUGGUCAGAAAGGAGUCCUUGGCUGGGAGGGGACGCCCUUGGUGACUUCUGUAAGGCCUGUAGGCUUCUGUUUUAAGAAGAUGGAAUUGUUUGGUGGAGCGAGGAGUAAUUUGGACAGAUCAGCUUCCUGGAAGUUUAAAGUUGUGUAAAGUUGAAGAGGACUGAAGUUCCAAGUGUGUCUCACGUCGCCCUGAACGAGACGCUCCGAACGGAGCAGACGAACUUUCCACAGCAGUGAAUUUGUUGGAGGGGGAAUUAAAAAAAAAAAAAAAAAGCUCCGGUCUGGUGUGCAGAAGCAGCUUCCCUGUCUUCCUUCUCGCCUUGCUUUGUUUCUUUUGUCUCCUGGGCGGAUAAACUCUUGGUGGAAACAUGCAGAGGUGGAGCCAUCCGUUUGUUUGGAAACUGUGUCCGUUGAUAUCUCUUGGAGAGACCAGAUGGUAACAGGAGCGGAGGCUUCUCUGAGCGCAGUAGAUACCCCUGCCAGUGUUUGUGGGAGUGGUAUCUGUUAAAUGGUCCUGUGUCAUAAGGACCUUUCUUGAUGCUUUUGCUAAUAUCUUCAGCCCCAUGGCGGACGUGGGUGUGUUAUUGUUAGGUACUGGAUUGAUUUUCACAUGACUUGCAGUUUUGGUGAGAGAGUUUAUAGACUCAGCCAGGCAAGCCGACGUGAACAGGGACAGCGGUGGUCGCAGGUGGAAGCGGCUCCUGCGACCUUCCUCUAUUGGGUCACCAAGCAAAGCAUCUGUUUCCAGCUUUGCCAAGCCACAUGGGUUGCUUUGCAUGACUUCCCAUUUGGGUGCUUCCUCUAGGCAGUUUUCCUUGAUUUCUCCUCAGAAACCCUUUAAAAGUAGCCUCCCCGUGUCCUCUCCAUGUAUGUUUAUGGGGAAGAUAAGUUUAUCUUUGAUAGAAGAAAUUUCUGAAUUCUGUGCAUAGUCAUUGAGUAAUAUGCAUUGUACAUGAACUUCUGGAAGACCCCUGUAUGCAUGGAGUUUUGCACCACAAUCUCUAAGUUCUGGUUUUUUUUUUUUUCAUGAAUUUUUUUUGCAUCACCCUCAUACCUACUGUUCCAAGGUGUUUAUCACAGCCUGACAUGAUUGUAUUUGUUGUAUAUUGCAGCCUGCAGUAAAUUGGAAUCUUCGCAGGUGUGGAUGGUGAUUUUUUUUUUUAAAUCUGUGUAUCACUGGUACACAGUAAGCACUUAAGUUUAUUGCAUGGAUCCCAGUUGAAUUUACUCCCGCCUGAGUUGCGUUAUUCAUGUUGUAGUUAGGGUCACCCAUCUUCAUGCUGCCAAGUUAAAAACAGACAUCCCUGAGGCCAGUGUUUUGGUAUAACAGGUGAAGCCACUGCCUGGAAUGCCAGCAGCCCGUACGGGUGCCAGUUCAAGUCCCAGCUGCUCCUCUUCCGAUCCAGCUCUCUGCUAUGGCCUGGGAAAGCAGUGGAAGAUGGACCAGGUCUUUGGGCCCCUGCACCCACGUCCUUGGGCCCCUGUACCCACAUGGAGACCCAGGAGAAGCUCUUGAUUCCUAGCUUGUUUGGCCGAGCUCUGGUUGUUGCAGCCAUUAGGGGAGUGAACCAUCGGGAAGAAGACCUCUCUCUGUGUUUGUCUCUUCCUCUCUUUCUUUCUAUAAUUCUGCCUUUCAAAUAAAUAAUCUUAAAAAAAAAAAAAAGCACACACACACCCUUACACAGAAAGUACAGACCACUGGUCACAGCAUCAAGGACAAGAACUAAGUCUCUGGCUUGCUUCCCAGUUGCGUUUUCCACUGGCCCAUCAUACCGCGUCAGUUUUCUUGGCUGCUAAUGUGCACUGGGGCUGCUCGGUGUUCCGACCACUUUUCAUUGUAUUUGGGAAGGAGGAAGUGGCAUUCCUUACUGACCGAUCUGCUGUUUUGUUACUACAGCCCAGUGCAGAUCCUUCUCCGCCUCUCAUCCCACCCGUGCCUGUAUUAGCAGGGUGUUUGUAGAGCAGCGCCCUCCUGUAGUGCUUUCUGAGUCAUAGAGGUGGUUUGUGCACUGCACUCUCAGGGUGGUAGCUGGCAGACACUGAGACGGUUAAGUGUCACAUAGAACUGCGUUUCUAGUUGAUUUGUGGGUAAAAGCUCUCAGCUGUUGUAGUGGACAGCACGGUGAUAGAGGGUUUCUUCACAUUUAUAUCUAGUAUUCGACAUGUAAACAGGCAAAGGUAUUCUGCCUCUCAAAGAAAAGUCUUGGUUCAUCUUGUAGGGCUUGACAUCAUGGCUCCCAUGGGUGAUGUUUUGACCCUUUGUGUGUUCUGAGAGCUUUUUCUAUGGCCGUAGAAAUAAAAUGCAGAUCCCGUGAGUUUAAUCGGUGCCUUCCGAAGAUGUAUUUCGAGAGGCAGGGACUGUCUUGCUGGUCAUGGUGCUUCCCACCUCGGAGUGCUCGUAAAUGUUUGUUGAGUGCAUGAAUGAUUGUUCCAUGAUUUCAGAGGCAGUACCGCCAAGCUGAGGGGAAGGCAGGCCCCCACUCUAACCACACGGGCUUUGCACACCUCCCGAGGGGUGCAGCCCCUGGAGGUCCCAGUGACCCCAGUGACUUUGCCCUGCUCCUGUAACACGGGUAGCAGGACUUGUUAUCCUCGCUUGCUGAUGGAUUUGAGGGGCAAAGGCACACGAAGAUUUGGUGCCUGUGUUGCGUGGAGAGUUGGAAGCAUGAAUCAAUUUGAAGUCCUCAUGACUUUUGCUUCCAGGAACUGGUUCGUGAAUGCUCAUUUUGAGGAAAUAAAAUGGCGCAUGGACUAUGCUAGUAAGAGAGUUUGGUCUGGAGAAUCGAAGGUAAUUUUCAUCCAGUAAUAGAGUCUGAAAAGCUACUGGAACUGUUUCCCAUGGCAUAGCGUUGAGAAAACAGCUUCACUAUGCAAAGCAGGAAUGGAGACAUUUGUUCCCUAAGCCUCUAAGUCUCUGCCUGUGGCAACCCUGACACCCAAGUUACAAGCUUCACCACGAGGGUAUUUAAGAGGUAAACAGAAGCAGAUGUUUAAUUGUGCUGAUCACUAUGGCUAGACAGACGUAUGUGUAUGGAAAGGUAUGAGACCGUCAGACGUCUGCUUCGAAGGAGAACUCUUGUUCUAAGGCCGCAGCUGGUCUGCUCUCUGUCCUGGGCACCGACACCCCUGCUCUGUGUGUGGUUGACUCUAGGCCUGUCUUCAUCCGCAGCGGCUUGUUUCCAGGGCGUGCUGUCUUCCUUCCAUUCUACCACAAAUGAAAACUAGUUAUUGAGUAAUAAAACACACUGGGAAAUACAGAUCUGUUGUCUGCAAAAAAACAAAAACAAAAAAAGGUCCCAGCAUACGUUCCGAGGUAAAUUAUGAAAUCGUGGAGAGGGGACUUCUGUUUUAAGAAAUGUCUGGUCUGUAAGUCUUUUUAUGGUUAAUUUUCCUAACACCUUUGGUGUGGAACUUUUUGGUGGGGCAAAAAGAAAAAAAAAGCCCUCACGUACAACACUCAAUCAUGGCUUCCAUCAGUUCCCACUGUUGCCCUUGAAACCAAACCGAAACACAACAGUAGUAAGACACAGCCCAGGGCUGCUAGUAGCAACCAGAAUUAAUGGAACAAAUUCUGAAAAGCUUGUGGGAUUUGAGUUGUUACUUUGGUGAAGAGCUCAGUCAUAUGGAUUUUGCUUUUUUUUUUUUUUUUUGAAGCUCAAUAUAAGUUAUGACCAAACUGUGUAUCUGCCUGAGUCUAAGUCUUAGUGAUGGUAGUGAAUAGUGCAGGUGGUCCAGAUGCCUUUUGCCUGAAGGAUUCUUUGGGACUCCUUGGGCUCCAGUAUAUGGCGUCAGAACGAUCUUUGAGACUAUUGACCAUUUCUCCUGAGCGAGGUCACGAACUCCAUGAAGAACUUGCAGUGGUUACUGGUUACUGGCUGCCUUCUUUCUCCUCAGUGGACUGGCUGCAUUGCAGAGGGGUUCUUAGACUUCAGUGUGUGUCAGCAUCACUGAUGAGCUCUGGUUUGUAGGUCUAGGGCAGGCCUAGGAAUGUGCAUUCCUACAGGGUGUAGGUAAUGUUGCUCAGACAGAGGCCCGCACUUGAACUGUUGGGUAAGACUGUCUCUUCUGAAGUUUUAUGAUCUAUCUUCCUUCCUUCCUUCCUUUUUCUUUCUUUUUUGUUUAAAGAUUUGUUUAUUUGAAAGGCAGAGCAACAGAGAGAGAGAGAGACAGAGAUCUUCCAUUCGCUAGUUCACUCCCCAGUUGGCAGCAACACUGAGGGCUGACCAAAUCUAAGAACUCCAUCUGGGUCUCCAUGAACCAUCAUCCGCUGCCUUCCCAGACGCAUUAGCUGGGUUGGAAGCGGAGCAUCAGGAUUCACAUUGCACUCUGUGUGGGAUGCUGGUAUUGUUCAAACUGCUGUACCACGAUGGCGGGACCCUCUCUGCCUGUUGUUUCAAACCCUUUUCAAGUUGUGGGACGUAACGUAACUUGAUUUCUCUAAUAUUAUGUUUUUAAAAAAUUGCUAUAUGGCAGACUGAGUUUAAAAUGGAUUAAAUUUUGAGAGUGUAUUUAGAAUUCCAUGUAUCUUCCCAAAACCUGGGGUCUGUUAAAAUGCAGACUGGGUAUUAAUUAGACUUAAUUAGAAGUCCCCGGAUAAAAAUAUGUUGGGAUGUUUCUACGAGAAGGCUGUUAGCCACUCCAGAAACCCAAAUGUUGUAUUAGAUUUGAACGAGCACCUUGCUAGCCUCUUAACGUACAGCUGUGGAAUAUGAUGCAGCAUGUUAUAAAACUGGGGGCUCCCUAAAUAAAAUGAUUUUCGUGAGACAGAGCUGUUGUCCUAGGCCACAGCGGACUGUGACAGCAUUAACUUGGAUGAUCCCUGAAGACCCUGCCACACGGUUCAGUCACGGCUGCAGGAUGGCUCACCAGUACAUCAGAGACUGUGGUUCUUUAUUUUUGAGGCGCUCUGGGGGACAGGGCUGGUUCUGCACUUGCUGAAUAAGGGGGCUCUGGGACUGGAGUCCAGUAGGAAGUGGCGGGUAGGGGUGCCUGAAGAUCGUCUUAAAGGAGCGCUUGCCUGAGAAGCACAGGUGUAUAAUGGUGAGGGGGCUGUGGGGAGGCUUUGGCAGGGAUUCCAAGGCGUGCUACAAGGGCAGGUGAGGCCCUGGACAUAUUGCAAGUGCAACCAGACUCCAGGUGCAGAGUCAGAGGCUCUCAGCUUUGAGGUGAGUUGAAGUGAGGUUUGACGGUAUGUUCUAAUAUGAAGAAAAAAAAAAACAAAAACAAAACUCACACUUCGUGGGGCAAAUGUACACAGCCAUGCAUCGCUUACUGAUGGUACCAGUGUGGCGAAAGCAUCAUUAGGAGCUCCCGUCAUUGCAAGAACACUAGAACACACCCGGACAAGCUAAGACGGCUGUGGUGUCUCCAGGCAAUAGAAUCUCACAGGACCACUGUUGGCCCGUGUGGUCCGCUGUCAACCCAGAUGUCUCUGUGAGGCACGUGACUUCCAGAGAGCCUCAUCUGAGAGCAGGAAAAUAGAACAAGAAACAGGUGAGACGUAGGCAGUGGGAGGAUAAAAAAUGCAAUUUCUUAAAGGAGUUUUUAAAGGGGAACUUUUACAGACAUCCUGCGUCAAGACAGCAUGGUCUUCUCUGUUAGAAAAAAAAAAAUGAAUGAAUGAGCUUUCCUUCUCAUUUCCGAUGAAUACUUCCAAAUACCACCAGAUGCUACGAUUUGACUUAUAUCAAAUGCAUUUCCAAAGUGAGGCCCAGAAUUCAUGCAGUGCUUACAUUUUUAGAUUGCUUUAUGAUCGUUAUCUUGUUUAAAUCAAGUUUCUGGAAGGCGCCCAUGCUGCUUAAUCCUGAGUGUGUUUUAUGGAUUAGGAUACAAAUCAUUUGUAUAGCGCAGGCUACAAGGCUGGGCGGAGGCCAUGAGAACUCAGUGUCUUUCACGUCUUCAAGUUUUAGUUGUAGAAAUUUUGUAUUUUUUUUUAACUGCUUUUAUGAAAUAGUUGAACCUUCAAACCUUAGAGUUGGAAUGGAAUUGCCAUGGAAUUGAUUUUAAGCCAUGUUUCAAGGGUGCAGUCUUUGAUUUGGAUCUGCCUUUGUGAAGAACUACGCGUGGGUUCCCACCCAGGCCUGCUGUCAUUUCUUGACUCAUAUCUGUGACACACCAUCUUUGUAACAAACCCGGGCAGCGGUUUUGAAUUCCGGCCUGGCAUUUUGGGCCUGGCCUGGCAGUCUCCCUGGGGGCUUGAGACCACCAGGAGCUGCUGUCCUGCAGUGACUCUUAUCUUUCUUGGGAUUUGUUCCCCUUCAGCACCCCCCACCCCCCGUAACUCUGCCUUUCAAAUAAAUAAACAAAAAGGCAAAAUUGUGUAUAUAGAGAGAGAGCACGAAAGCACUUCCAUCCACGAGUUCACUCCUUAAAUGGCCACAGUGGCCAGGGCUGGGCCAGGCUGAAAUCAGGAGUCAGGAGUUUCAUCUGGGUCUUCCGCAUGAGUGGCAGGGGCUCAGGCAUUUGGACUGUCUUCCUUGCUUUCCCAAGUGCACUAGCUGGGAGCUGGAUCAGAAGUAGAGCAGCCGGGAUACCAUAUGGGAUGCCGAUGAUGCACGUGGCAGCUUAAGCGGCUAUAUCACAGCACCAGCCCCAAUAAAUAAAUCUUAAAAAAAAAACCACUUCUGUAAUUUAUUUGUUCGUUUAUUUAUUUGAAAGGCCGGGCAGGGGAGGAGGGGAGAGUUUGAUAGAUAUCUUACAUCCUUUGGUUUAUUUCCACACCAGCUGGAGCUGGGACAGGCUGAAGCCAGGAGCAAGGAAUUCCACCCAGGUCUCCCACGUGAGUGGCAGGGGCACAAGCACUUGGACCAUGAUCCCCUGCCUCCCUGGGUGUGCACUAGCAGGGAGCUGGGUUAGAAGUGGAGCCAGGACUUGGACCCAGAUCAGGGUGUGAGUGUCCCAGGUGGUGACGUAACAAUUGCACCAAAUGCCUGUUCCCCUUCCUGUGCUUGUCUUUAAGUUGUUAAAGACACUUCAUAUGUUUUUCUGUUUUCUUUCUCUCUUUUAAAAUAGUUUCUUAUUUAUUUGAAAGGCAGAGUGACCAGGGUGGGGAUGGGGACAGAUAACAGACACCACCCUCCUUACACACACACACACACACACACGCACACACACACACAGAAAACGUCCAUACAUUGGUUCACUCCCCAGAUGACACAACAGCUAGGGCUGGGCCAAGCUGAACUCAGGAGCCUGGAACUCCAUCCAGGUCUCCCACCUGGUAGCAGGGGCCCACGUACUGGAGCCAUCGCCUGCUGCCUCUCAGGUGCAUCGGCAGGAAGCUGGAUUGGAAGCUGGGUAGCCGAGACUGGAACUGGCAUUCCCUUGUGGGGUGUGGGUGGCACGAGCAGUGCCCCCCCGCCCCACCAUGUCUUUUUUCUCUCACACAGCGAGACCAGUGCUUGAGUGGCCACAUCUUGUCUUUGCCCUCUCACAUCCUUUCAAGUUCCCUUCUUGCAACCCCUGGCGUUUCUCUUUCACAGCAGCGCGCCCACCUCUGCUUGGCUGGAGACCCCAUGUGAAUUUCCUCAACGGUCCCACUGUCACGUUCUCUUCCCCUGCCUUUUCCUGUUGGAAUGGUGCUUUCCGUGCCGUGGCCGAUAUUUCUCAGUUUAUUGGACACAACUUCGAGGUAGAAUAGUGCUCCUUGCUGUAAUGACUCAUGGCCAUUUGGGAUACCAGGUUUCCCUGUAUUCCAACCAGCUGGGCAUCCUGGGGACAGCAUCCGAGUCUCUGUUCUCAUCUGUAACAUGAGGGGUUGGGUGAAGAAGGUCUAACUGGGGUGGAGUUUAUUCGUAUACUGGUGUGGCUGUAGCCCCCCCAGAAGUACUUGAGUGUUUUGAGAGGUGGUCUCUUCAUCAGGGCAGAUUCUCUGUGUGGUCCCAGGGUGAGCAGCCCAGGGCUCCCUAAAUUAGACGCCUGCAGCGUGGCCGUCCCGCCUUGUCCUCCGGGAGUUAGGGAUGGGUUUGCCGGAGUACCCUUUUCUGUAUUGUGUUUUCUGUACCAGGAGCCCUGUUGAUUGGAAUUUGGAAGGUUCUGUUGUUUUCGUCUUCAUUUAAAGACCUCAUAUGAGUGGUUUGGGGAGUUUCUGGAAACCUGCUUCUACUAAUUCUUGUACAGCUCACUUUGAAAAAAUGCUACCGCAGCUGUUUUCUCUUGCCGAGUUUUUUGCACAUGGCCUGUGACCUUGAGCGCUCGUGUCCCAUUUCUAGGGGAAUUUUUGUUAGUAUGCGCUGAAUCUUUUUUGUUAUGUUCACAGCUACACCAAAGCUACUUAUCUGUCCAUUGUCAAGGCCGCUGAAAAUUGUUUUGCUUUCUGCCUUUAAACCGAUGUAUCAUGCAGUCACUGCACGUAUCAUCCAUUUGUACAGAUCUCCGGUUAUCUUUUUUUGUUUAUGUUUCCAGAGAUUAAUUAUCGCCGUGCUCAGAACACUCCGUCAUCACUUUUGUCCUUACUGCUGCUCCUAUUCCUUUCGCUUUUCCUAUUUUUUUAGCUUUUCAGAAUUUUCUAGUACUUUUCACAAGUUCUUUUCCGAAGAGAAUUAAUGAUGACUUUCUGGUUUUUAGCAGUUAUUACCUGAAAAUGCACGUACUGAUAAUAACAAGUGAAAGGUUUCUUUUUCUUUUUUUAAAUACCAUUCAUAGCCUAUCUUUGGAACUUAUCUUUAAAAUCUGUGGUUUACUUUAUGCCUUUUAGCUUGUGAAAAAUUACUGGACCUAAGCAUUGAUAUGCUUCUGUGAUUUUCUUGGAAAAAGAUAGCAAAGUCACUCCCUUUUUUAAAAAAAGAUUUAUUGAUUUAUUUUAAAGGCAGAGUUAGAGAGGGCGAGUGAGCGAGAUCUUCCCUCUGCUGGAUAACUUCUCAAAUGGCCACAACAGCCAGGACUGUGCCAGGCCAAAGCUGGGACCCUGGACCUCCAUCUGGGUCUCCCAUGUGGGUGGCAGUGCCCAAGGACUGGGGCCAUCUGCUGCUGCUUGCCCAGGUGCAACAGCGGGGAGCUGGUUGGGAAGUGGAGCAGCUGGGACUCAAACCGGUCCCCAUAUGGGAUGCAGGCAUCGCAGGCAGCAGCUUAGCUCACUGUACCACAGUGCUCCCCCCUGCUCCCAUGUUCAGAGUGUCGUAAAUUAAGAUUCCUUCCUUUACUAAAUUAUUUCUUCUGACAAAGGAACAUAGGGUUUUUUUUCUUUGCCAUGUCUCUCUCUCUCUCUCUGCCUGUUUGACAGGCAGAGUGGACAGUGAGAGAGAGAGACAGAGAGAAAGGUCUUCCUUUGCCGUUGGUUCACCCUCCAAUGGCCGCUGUGGCCAGCGCGCUGCGGCCGGUUCCGAAGCCAGGAGCCAGGUGCUUUUCCUGGUCUCCCAUGGGGUGCAGGGCCCAAGCACUUGGGCCAUCCUCCACUGCACUCCCUGGCCACAGCAGAGAGCUGGCCUGGAAGAGGGGCAACCGGGACAGAAUCCAGCGCCCCAACCGGGACUAGAACCUGGUGUGCCGGCGCCGCAAGGUGGAGGAUUAGCCUAGUGAGCCACGGUGCCGGCCGCCAUGUCUCUUUGUUACUCCCUAACAAGUCGUUUGGAACAAGGAUUUACUAGGUUUAGUGAAUCCAUAUCCUAUUUAGUCAUUUCAUAUCAUUUGCAGAAUAUUUGCAAAGUUCAUGCCUUUAAAAAGUAAAAGGUCAUUUGGGGUUUUUUAAAAAAGUCUUAUUUAUGGGGCCAGCAGUAGGUUAAUCUUCCACUUGCGAUGCUGGCAUCCUGUUUGGAUGCUGGUUCUGGUCCUGGCUGCUCUUCUUCCGAUCCAGCUCUCUGCUGUGGCCUGGGAAAGCAGUAGAAGAUGGCCCAAGUCCUUGGGCUCCUGCACCCGCGUGGGAGACCUGAAAGAAACUCCUGGCUCCUGGCUUUGAAUCAGCCCAGCUGAUUGUGGCCAUUUGGGGAGUCAUUCAGCGGAUGGAAGACCUCCCUCUGUCUUUCCCUGUCACUGUCUGUAACUCCACCUGUCAAAUAAAUAAGUAAAAUUUUUAUUUUCAAAAGAAAGACUUAUUUAUUUGAAAGAGCGUUGGGGGUGGGGUGGGGGUGGGGGAAGAGAUCUUCCUUAUUCUGGUUUACUCCCCGAAUGACUGCACCAGCUGGGACUGGGCCAGACUUAAGUCAGGAGCCAGGAACUCUCUCCUGGUCUCUCAUGUGGGUGGCAGAGACCCUAGUAUAUGGACCAUCCUCCACUUCAUUAGCAGGGAGCUGGAUUGGAAGAGGACCAUCCAGGACUCCAGAUGGUGCUGAAAUAUGGGAUGCGGCCAUUGCAAGCUGCGUCCUUAGCUCCCUGUGCCACAGUGCCCACCUAUUUGGAAUUCUGAACAACAGAAAUGGCCAAACAGAAUUGCUGUAAGGUUUUUAACUGGUUAUCCAUAUGCAAAAGCAUGCUGUGUAGUAGCUGAAUAGCUUUUGCUCCGAUGUGUGGUUGUGGUGGUGGCUUGGGAUCCUGUGCUCAGUCUGUGUCUGUGUGGUCUCAGCCUCUCUCUCUCUCUCUCUCUCUCUCUCUCUCUCUCUCUCUCCCUCAAAGGUUUAUUUACUUAUUUGAAAGAGUUAGGGAGAGAGAGAGAGAGAGAGAGAGAGAGAGAGAUCUUCCAUCUACUAGGUCACUCCCCAAAUGGCUGCAACAGUCAGGUCUGGGGCAGGCUGAAGCCAGGAGCCCAGAGCUUCAUUCCGGUCUCUCAUACGGGUAUUGGAGGCCCAAGCACUGGGCCAUCUUCUGCUGCUUUCCCAGGCCAUAGCAGAGAGCUGGAUCAAAACAGGAGCAGCCGGGACUUGAACAGGAGCCCAUGUGGGAUGCUGGCACCACAGCUGUGGCUUAACCCACUGCGCCACAGUGCUAGCCCCUGGUUUCAGCUUCUUAACCCAGACAAGGGCCAUAUACUGUGGACAAGUAAAACCAUGGCAGCGUCCCUGGACUGAAAGGCCCACGUUCUGCCUGUAAGUUGUUUUUUUCCAGUGCUGAAUUAUAACCGUGUGAGUAUACCCGCGUGGCACCUGCUGGAAUGUCGCUGUCGGUCACUGUGCUCUUUGGGAAUGAGAGCUCCAGGCUCGGGCAGGAUUCCUCUUCACCAGCACGUCUGGCCUCGGACGUUGUGGGUAAACUGUCUAGUGCGUGUUGGGUUCCACCCUGGAAUCCUGCUAAUCCUCCACAUGGAGUCUCAGGGAAGGCACAAGUAAACAAGUUCCCGCUGGGUAUACUUUCUGUCCAAAACGAAACAAAGGAAAACAAAUAAAAAGGCUUAACAGUGUCUGGAAUCCAUUGGAAAUUUCUGUGGGCUGCCGGUGCACCGGGGCCCUGGCACGCGGGCUCUUUCUCUUCUGUUGCGACUCCUUUCCUUCUGCAUUCCUCACUCAAUUUCCUUCCUUUUUGGGUUGUUUUCUGUUUCUUCUGUUCUCCCAUUGCUGGUAGACAUAGCCCAGAGACAUCCUGCCGCACGGCAGGCCUUCUUUGAGCCUCCCGGGUGGCAACGCAGAUGUCGGUCUGCAGAAUUCUGUGAUGGUGCAAACUUUACUAUGAGGCUGCUUCAAACAGUUCACGGAAGAUGGAGUUUAAAGAUGAGUUCAUUAUGAUGCCAAAAAUGUUUAAGUCCGUGCAUGUGAGGGGUCUUUGAGAAGUUCACAGAGAAGGCGUAUUACGAAAGCGCUGGGGCACAGUGGGUUAAGCCGCCACUUGGGACACCUGCACCCCGUAUCUGAGUGCUGGUCCCAGUCCCAGCUGCUCCUCCUCCGAUCCAGCUCCCUGCUAAUGUGCCUGGGAAGCAGCAGAUAAUGACCCCACUAUUUGGGCCCCUGCCACCCAUGUAGGAGACCAGGGUGGAGUUCCUGGCUCCUGACUUCAGCCUGGCCUAGCCUGGCUGUUGUGGGUUUUUGGGAAAUGAACCUGGGCAUGGAAGAUCAACAUUCUCUCUCUCUGCCUCCCCCCACCCUCUUUCUUCCAUUCCUCCUUCUCUCUAUCACUCUACCUUUCAAAUAAAUAGGUAAAUAGAUCUUAAAAAACAUGCAUGGGUUUUAAAAUUCAGUUUUUUGUGUUGCAGACUCUCAGUGGGUAUCUUUGGGGGGUCCCACAGUUGCUUCCAAUUGUAAAUGCAGAGGACAAAACCUGUCCUCCUCCCACCUCCUCUCCUGCAUUCUGCUUUCACUUGGGAGCACCUGGAACUUGGCGGCUUUGUCCGUCUUCCGAACUUCACCAGGUCCUGCGCUGCCUUGCUGUGUGCUCGCUCGCCUUGCCUCCGCCCUGGGUGGGGCUUUCACUAGUUUCUGACAGUGUUUCAGCUGCCUCCUGGUUCCCAGCCAUGCUUGCUGGGACCAGCAUUCUCUGAGCCUGGGAGCUGCUGCAAACUCCCGACUGAUCUCCUGAUGCCUGUGGGGUUCAGUGCAGGGCUUUACCUUGGCAUUCAGUGCCCUGCUGGGCUCCUGUGCAGAGGAUCAAUCGAGCUACGAGAAAGUCCUUUGAAGCUUUGCAAAAAAUAAAUGAGUAAAGUAAUAUUUAGUUUUUUUGUGAACUUUUUGAAGGUAGCCUUACAUGUUUAUUAUUCCAUGCUGAAUGGAAAAUAGAUGGGAAAUGUAUAAUUUUCCGAGCUCCUGGGGGUGGCUCAGCAGGUGUUCAGGGAGGUUUCAGGCUGCAGGUUAAGGGAUGUUCUGCCACAGUUAGGCACUAAUAAUCGAGUAGGUGUGAAUUUCAAGGUUCUUUCUACUUCAGAAGUCUUUGAAUAAACAAAAAUGUCAUUUGGGUUAACAUAAAGUUCUCAAAUUGCGUAGAACUGUGAUAGAGUUCGGUACUGAAAAAUGUGACAGUCUCAUCUCUAUCAGAUACGUAAGUGUACCCUUGUCAAGGAUCAGAGGACAAGGGCCUUGGAGAGCAUUGAGUUCAGUCUUGUUUUCCGACUCAGACAAUUAACUUUACACACUGUGACACACGUCUGCUGAGCUCUUGCGCCAUAGUAUCCAUUUCUGCCUCUGCGUUAGGAGAUUGAGAAGUGACAUGGGCAGAGUGUUUGGAGGGCUAAAGCGAGCAUUUGCUAAACUCCCUUGGCUGUGAGGGGUUGGACCAGGUGUUGACAGGCCUCUUUGGAUCCUAGCUUUUGGAGCAUUGUAUCUUUUUUUUUUUUUUUUUUGGACAGGCAGAGUUAGACAGAGAGAAAGACACACAGAGACAAAGGUCUUCCUUUUUCCGUUGGUUCACCCCCCAAGGGGCUGUUGUGGCGGGCGUGCUGCGCCGAUCCGAAGCCAGGAGCCAGGUGCUUCUCCUGGUCUCCCAUGGGGUGCAGGGCCCAAGGACUUGGCCCGUCCUCCACUGCCUUCCCGGGCCACAGCAGAGAGCUGGACUGGAAGAGGAGCAACCGGGACAGAAUCCAGCGCCCCAACUGGGGCUAGAACCUAGGGUGCCGGCACCGCAGGUGGAGGAUUAGCCUAGUGAGCCACGGCACCGGCCGGAGUGUUGUAUCUUAAAAGGCCUCUCCCAGGUCCUUGAUGUACUCAGGGGAGAGAAACGAGCUGCUUCCUGUCAUCCGUGUACGAGGUUCUGGCUGUGUUGAGUGGACGGUGCCGUUCCUGUUUUGCAGUGAGUGGCACUUCUGUUUCUUCUUGCUGCUGAACCACACUUCCGCCUACCCCGUUCCCGGACACAGGUUGCCGCGGGGAUCAGGUGUCGCCCUGGCGGACAGGUCUUCCGGGGUUUCACACCAGUGAGGGGUGAGCGGGUACCACGCAGGAAUGGUGCACGGACAAUUGCUGGCGCUUUCUAUGCUUGCAGUCCGAGGGACUUAUGUUGCCAUACAAAAAAAAAAAAAAAAAAAAAAAUGUUAGAGAGGGUUGCCGCUUGAACUUAUUUGGAGUUGUGGAACAGGUUUUUCCGUUCCCAGGAGGGUAUGCAGGCGCUGGUGGCGCUUGUGCAGAUGAUCUGGAAGGAUGGGGAAGACGGCAGUGAGUUUCCAGUACGGGCCACCAAGGUGAGACUGCACACGUUUCCUAGCUAGCUGGGCAGUCGCUUGCCCACUGCUUGGCUGCCGGGCCCAUGUCCUCCUUUUGUAGGAGGUGGGUGUCCUGCACUGCGCCAGGUGCUGUGGGGGGUUGCAAGGAUGGCACUCACCCUGGGCUUUGUCCUCUGGCUGGGUGCCAUGUAAGGGGCUGCCCCAGUGCCCUCUGCUGGGAGAGGGAAGGAGGAAGCACCUGGCGCAGUGCAGGACACCCACCUCCUAUAAAAGGAGGACAUGGGUCCGGCAGCCAAGCAGUGGCCCUGAGGGGCUGUGAAAUUGCAGCAGGGUCAGGGACUGGGCACCUUCGGAAUUUUCUUUUGGGAGAAUGCAAGGGAAGUGGUUGGGCUAGGUUAGGACACAGGCUUGGGACUGGGAAAUGGCCAGUGUAGGUUUUAUCUUUAUGUUACAGAAAGAGAGAGAGAGAGAGAGAGAGCGCUCCCACCUGCUGGUUCACUCCCUAAAUGGCUGCAAUGGUCUAGGCUUGGGGGCUGGCUGAGGCUAGAAGCCAGGACUUUUGUCUGGGUCUCCUACAUGGGUGACAGGGGCCCAACUGCCUUGGCCAUCUUCUGCUGCUUGCCCAGGUUCAUCAGCAGAGAGCUGGAUCGGAAGUGGAGCAGCUGGGAUACAAACCAGUGCUCCUAUGGGAUGUUGGCGCUGCAGGUGGCGGCUUAACCUGCUCAGCCACAGUGCUGGCCCCUUUAUUUUUAUUUUUAAAGUUUUAUCUACUUGAAAGAGUGACAGAGGAGUUGAAGUGGGGGGAGAGAGAGAGAGAAAGAAAGAAAGAGAAAGAUAAAUUGAUCUUCCAUCUCCUGGCUCACUUUCCAAAUGCCUACAAUAGCCAGGGCUGGGCCAGGUGGAAGCCAGAAGCCAGGAGCUCCACCCGGGUCUUCCAUGUGGGUGGCAGGGCCCCAAGCUGUUGAGCCGUUACCUGCUGCCUCCCAGGGCGUGCAUCAGCAGGAAGCUGGGUCAGAAGCAGAGGUGGAACUAGAUCUCAGGCACACUGAUACGGGACGCAGGUGUCUCAAGCCGCAACUUAACUUGCUGCACCACAGUGUCUGCCCCUUGUCUAUAAAAAUCAAACAGGUCUGGCACGACGUGUAUCGAAUGAGUCAGUGGGAUGACAGUCUCGAGCUGCAGAAACUGGCUUAUAUGUAUGUAGCGUCAUAUGUAGCCAUAAAAAUAGAAUCAGGAAGUUCUUUGUUUCCCAAUAUGCUGUGUUCUCAAAGAUACAAUCUUAAGUAGGAACAAGGCAUAGAAGAAUGUGAAAAAGAGAAUGUAUCAAUGUUUGCUUAUAUAUAGGUCCAUGGUUUCCGGAAGCAUGGGGAAUGAACUAGAUUUCGUGCCUUGGAGAGAGGAAUUAGGUGGCUGGGGCCCAGGGACAUCCUCCCUGAACGUCCUUUUUGACUUUGCCCUCUUGAAUUGGGUUUUGGAUCAUUCAUUAGAGUCGUAUGUUGUUGCUAUUGUUAGUUCAGUGGUGUGCAGGAGGAUCUUCACCCAGUUAUCUUAAAGACAUUUGGAGAAUGAGACAGGAAGCAAAGAAGACGGGAGGAACAUUCUCACGCUUUCUGUUUUUGGAGGUGUCCUAGGCCAUCAGGCUGCUGGGACAGGUCGCCAUAGGCCAGGCGGCUUACAAACCACGGGAAUCAUUUCUCCCAGUUCCGGAGGCUGGAGGAGCCAGACCAGAGCCGGGGCACUGGCAGAUUCUGUGUCUGCCAAGGACCGGCUUCCGGGCUGCUCGGAUGGCGCCGCCUUGCUAUGUUUUCACAGGGCAGAGAGGAAGCAAACCCUCAGGACCUGACCAGGACACUGAGCCCUCAUGACCUGGACUAAUCCUGGGCCCUUCCCGCACGCCCCACCGCCCAGCACCAUCGAAUUAGCAGAUAGAGUUUCAACCUAGGGUUUGGGCUGCAGGCAGCAUUUGGUCCCUAACAGAGGGAAGCAUUCUGUUUGCUCCACCAAAUGGAAAGGAGAUGUGUGUGGUGUAAGAGGUUUUUUUGUUUGUUUGUUUGUGUGUGUGUGUCUUUUUUUUUUUUUUUUAGGAGCUGCUAGUGGGAGAGAGGAAAGACUUGAGGGGAGCUAGUGCCCAGUAAGUGUGUGAAUUUCUUUCUUUCUUUCUUUAAUAUUUUUUUGAGAGUUAGAGCUAUAAGCAGAAGGAGAGACAGAGAUCUUCCAUCCUCCGGUUCACUCCCCAGAUGGCCAUAAUGGCCGGGACGGGGACAAGCCGAAACCAGGAGACAAGAGCUUCCUGGUCUCCCACGUGGGUGCAGGGGCCCAAGGACUUGGGCCAUCCUCCACUGCUUCCCUGGUGCAUUAGCAGGGAGCAGGAUUGGAAGUGGAGCAGCUGGGACCUGAACCGGCGCCCACAUGGGAUGGCAGCACUGCAGGUGGAGGCUUAACCUUUUAUGCCACAGCGCCAGCCUAAGUGCGCAAGUUUUACAGGAAAAAGCACAAAGGAAAAUGUAGGGGAAAUCUGUUUAUUAUUCUUGGAGAAAGGGAUGCUUGUGUCUUCUUCCCUUGAAGGAGAAACAAGAAGUUUGGAGUUUUGUUUUCAGUAGAAAAGUACAGAAGGCAGCAGAUGGGGCUCAGUUUACCUUGUGGAUGCAUCAUGCUGCCUCUGAUAAUAAAAGGUGAUGAGUGCAUCAGAAAGCUCUGAGUCAAAAUGAGCAUUGAGAAGUACCGUUCUUUUCAGUUUUUUUCAUUUUUUUUAAAUUGGAGUCAUUGAAAUAAUUUGAUAAAAAGGUGUUUAUUUUUAUUUGAAAGGCAGAGUGACAGAGAUCAGAAGCAGAGCAGUCUAGACUGGAACCUGGAGCUCUGGUAGGGGAUGAGGGUGUCCUUAGGGCCACAGCAGAGGGCUGGACUGGAAGAGGAGCAACCGGGACUAGAACCGGCGAGGGGCGAUUCACGACCAAACCCGCCCCUGUGUUUGUUUGUUUUAAAGAUAGAUUCUUGGAUUUUUACUGAAGUUGAGGCAACAUUUACAAGCAAAAUCUUGAGUAAAUUCUAGAAAUCCAGAUUCUUCCAGUUGAUCACGAUUUGAUUAUUGCGUGUGAGGGUUUUAUGUCCCGUCACGCAGCGCUGAACGUGCUUCCUGAAAGCUGUGUUGGGUGACUCUGUCGUGUAACCAUCCGAGGGUCACGAGGUGACAAACUUGAUGACCACCGUGUGCCCCUUUGCUGACAGAUGGUUGCAUCACGUGUCACAUGACCAACCUCAGAGUGAGUGUCUCUGGCAGCUACCCUGUGAAUUACGGCUUCUCAGUGGUUUGAGACAUGUUGCACAAAGGGUUAAAGUUAAUCCCAGAAAGAACUCGGCCAAAUCUCUCUAUGAUUAAUACAGAGCUAUCGAUCGGCACUUGGUGCCUCUUCUCUGGGAGGCCUCUGCUGAUUCAUCAGUGCUGAAUGGCUCCCAGUGUCCAUUAGGCAUCCUGUGGUUAAUGCAGACGGAUGAUCUCCCCUUGAUAGAUGCUUCUGGAAGUUCUUUUGUAAAACAGGAUUUAGUUGGGGUGCUGAGGCAUAGCGGGUUAGGCUGCUGUCUGCAGUGCCGGCAUCCUGUCUGGGCACUGGUUCGAGUCCUGGCUGCUUCACUUUGAUCCAGCUCACUCCUAAUGCACCUGAGAGAGCAGUGGAGGAAGACCCGAGUCCUUGGGCCCCUGCAACCACAGGGGAGACCCAGAAACAAAACUCCUGGCUUCGGCCUGGCCCAGCCCUGGUGAUUGGGGCCACGCGGUGAAUGAACCAGCAGAUGGAAUGUCUCUCUUUUUUUUUU